UUCAGAAUGUGCUUUAAAUUCAAUGUCUGGGUCAGUGCACUUUCAUUUUGAUGGUGGAUCGGUUCAUUUAUGAGCUUUUCUGUCUUUUCUGCUUCAACCCUGCACAGCAAAACAUCACCUGGAUCGGCUCAAAUGCAUCUAACUGAGGAUUGCAAACUUAUCCUGCUGGAUUGGUGAGCCAGAUGAACAACCCUACACUGCUUCACUUCUACAAAACCAAGGGGAAGAAUGUGUGUGUUCUCAUGCUACUGUGUGUUCCCCUCACCAUGAUGGACAUCCCUGGUCCUUGCAAACAUGCCAUCACUAUGGACCACCUGCUUCAACUAAAACAACUGAUCAGUAACCAGUUGCGGACUGGCUGUUCAAUUACAUAUACAUUCAUUGAGAGAAAACACCUGUCACAGAGUCACCAAACCAGAUACAAAAACACCAGCAAAACCAAAACCAACUGCCUGAUCUCUUUUGAAAGCAAAGUGCCAGCCGAGCCCCAUCCCUUUGUAUUUAAUUGUUUUUUUUUUUCACUCUGUCACUCUCUGCAGGAGGACCCUGUAGCAUUCGAGAGGCAAUACAAUGAGUCUCCUGUCCAGGCACUUCAAAGAGUCGAGGAGGUUCUGUCCCUCUACUUGCACCUCAUCACAACCACAAACACUCCUGUUAACUGGACCUGCGAGCAAGAGUAUAGCAGCAAUAUGCCCCCUACUGUAACACAGCUAACCACUAGCACAGAGGCUGCAGUGGAAUUAUUCCGACAAGAUCCUCAGGGGUCCUUCAGCGAUGAUUUCUACAGGCUGGGCUUCAUUGUGGUCUGCAUCUGUGGAGGAUUUCUUAUCCUACUCACUGCCUACUGCCUCCUAGAGAGAAAGAAGCUGCAGCGUCAGCUUCACAGAACAAGAAUAUCAUCAGACUGGGGAUUACAAGUUGUCGAAAACUUUGAAAUCCAAGAGGAUGCAUACCAGAUGAAUGACCGAUGGACACAUUUUGGCUCACACCUCUCCACUGCCUUCUAACUGAUUUGAUCUUUCUGGAGACUCACAAGAGAGCAUAAACAGUGAAAUAGACUGCCUUAUUCUUCAGGAAGACCAUGACCAGAGGAAACAGAUUGAAGAUAAUCAUCUGAUUUUUUUCAAGAUAAUUCAUACACCCCUGGACCUUGUACAUAUGUAAAUAUGCAUAUUAUUACAAACAUCUAUUUCUGGACUACAGGAAAAAUCUAAGUAUUGCAUGCUCAGUGAUGCUACAGUUAUAUCAAUCCACUAUUCACCUACUGUAAGAACUAGAAAAGGGAAUAGGGUUGCAAAAAGGUGGAACAUUUCCAGUAAAUUUCAGAAAUAUUCCAGAAAUUUUGGAAA